CAAGAAGUAAAGCCCAUGUCCGCCGCCGUGCGGUGAAUGACCUCAGGCGGCGGCCCUGUUGACUUCAUCUUUUUCCUCUUGUCCUCUUUCCGCCCUCGUGUCCUUCCUGUCCCUCGUCUUGGUUGCUUGUGUUCCUGGCGGGCUGCCUCUGGUCGUCGCAUGUUACGUACAGAGUUGCUGGUACUGCAUGCAUUCCUCAGCCUCUCAUACCCCUGCCCUGCAUAACUCCCAGCUCGUGCUCAUUGUGGCUUAAUGCCUCUGCCCUCUGUCCCGUAGCCGGAGCAAUGCUGAUGGACAUGUUGGCCGCCAAUCCCACAACCACCGCCACAACUAAUGCCUCCUUCCUUCACAAGCCACUCUCCCUUCUAGGCUCCGUCUUGCGGGGGCAAACUCCCUCCCCUGACAUGUCCACAACAACAACAACAACACAAAAUACCCCUCUGAUUGACCAUUCUUCCUCUCGCCCUGCUUCUGCCGGCAGCGACACCACUGCCGAUAAGGUCAAAAAGCCCUCGCGCCGCUCAAAGACGUCCUAUAACAUCGCCCGACCCAUAAACACUCGCUCAAAGCGCCAUGUCCACCUCCAACUACACCAGGUCAUUACCUCGCAGCGUCCCAAGCCUGCCUAUGACGUCGUCCCCUUCUCCCUCCUCCCUCAGCGCUCCACCCGUCGCCUUGCCCACUUGUUCAACACCAGAGAGCGAUUAGGCCCCCACGACCUCCUUGUCGUAAAGGCCGGAGCCUACACCUUGCAAGAUGAGCAGGAAAAGUCGCGCCACGAUGACUGGGCCUCACGCGACGUCGUCGGCGUCCUGAGCACGCGCAAAAGCGACAACGGCCUUACCGAGACAACCGACAUCUGCAUCAGCGAUGGCUUCAGCCGCUGGUCAGUCGCAGACAUGCCCAAUGGAGGCUACGAAUUCACCUCCACCGACGAGCAUGCUGUUGCGCUCAAGGCACGCUGGGUGCUCAAGCCUGCUCAUGCCCGCCGCACAUCGGCCUCGACAUUCAAUGCGCCCGCACCAGAGGACAAAAAGUUCACCUUUAGCACAAUCAACUCCGACUCGAGGCGACACCCCAUCAUUGCCACAAUGACACGCAGCCGCAUCGACGUUAUGGACACAUACACCAUUCCCUCUGCCACCUCUCCUCCAACCCCAAACGCAUCCUCGUACACCCAAUCGCCUAUAACACCUCUCAGCAUUGACUCUGAUUCUUUUGCUGAUGCCCUUGCCGAAAAGCUUCCCAUUGAGACCAACGAAGCCCUCCGCAACCUCAUACUAGUGUCUGGCGUCUGGCUUGCUUCCAGAGAGUUUGCCUCGGACGGCUCCAGCCUAGCGACCAUUCCAGCCCUGACUCAGAGCAAUUCAGUCCGCCAGGCCGCUCAUCGCGCAUGCUCCAUGUCUAUGCUCGAAGGCCCUCGCUCACCAUCGCCAGCUUCAACAGUCGAAGAGAAGCGUCGUUCAUUUCCACGAAUGUUGAAGGCCAGCAUUGAAGGACUGUCCCAUGCACACGCUGAUGCUCCUCCCUCUCCUGCUUCCACUAAGACAGCGGUCAAGGCAUCUCCGGUGGUCACAACCCGCUCACGGAGAGCAAACUCGACUGGCACUGCCAUCCACAGCAUCACUGGCAGCGCGAGGAAGAGAUACGGGCUGGCUUUCGAAGAUGAGACUCUGGUGGAAAGCACAGAAGAGCGCCAGAUGAAACGUAGCAUAGAGUUGCUUCGUAUUAGAGAGCUACAACUGCCUUCUCCUAUAGAACGUCCGUCUGUUGAGACAUCUCGGCCCUCUCUCAACCAGCUUCCUUCUCCUAUCGUUAUACCUCCUUGCCCAGUAGAGCCGGCCUCGCCUGCACCGUUGCUCAACUCGCCCUUGCUCUCCCCGCCUCUCCCGGACAUGAAGCGAGCACGAAAGACGCAGUCUACCUACGCACCUAUUACGACAACUGGCAUGUGGGAUUCUGGAGUUGUCGACGGCCCCAGCCUAAAGAAACGCCCUACCAGCAUGUUUGUCAUGAAUGAAAAGAAGCGCAAGCAAGAGAAGAAGGGCGAGCGAAGUAAGAGCAAGGAUUCAAAGACGAGAAAGGGCGACCAGAGCAGCGAUCACGGCAUGGGUGUCAAGAGAAAGAGCGGCUGGUACGUUUACAAGAUCAAGCUUCGCCUUAAAGAUAUGUUUCAUCACAAAGAGAGGGCUUAAUUGCGAAUAUGUCCUCCCAGCCAUGACCUUAUAUUCUGGUCUACAAUUCUUUUUCAUUUCAGUAGGGUUCAGUUUUCCUGGAGCAUUUGGGCAUGGCGCAGCAUUUCCUUCUUUUUUCUUCUCUUUUCAUCUUACAACAACCGUUAGCAGAAGCAGGCUGGACCUGUUGGUUCGGGCUUGUUUCUCCAAUCGCUAUCUCCACUGUACACUACGCUCUCCUUACUUUCUAACCUGUAAAUACCUUUGCCUCUUAGGCCACCUAGAUCAACGUCACUCCCUCCGAAUUUUUCAUUUAUUUUGGUUAGGUUAGGAAAUUCGCAAUUUCUUGCGCCAAAUACAAAUUAUUCAAAACCAUCAUGCAUUGAACAUGCUCAUUUGCUC